GCUCGCCCAGGUCGCUGAGCGCUGCGGAGUGGGAGUCCGAGCUUAAUCCAGAGAGGCUCGAGACCGAGAGCUCUGGGCCAGUCCGGCAGGAGACCAUUCGCACGCAGAUCAAGAGAGCCACGAAGAACGACCUGGGGACUCUGCCCAUCAUCGCCUCGCCGUUCCAGCACAGGCCGUGCAGGGAAGCCAACUGGGACAACAGCCGGGCCGUGCAGGAGCGCCUCCGCGAGAGGGUCUUGCUCUCGUGCGUCAUCAUGUUUGCCGAGGGCUUCUACGCAACGCAGCGCUGGCCUCAGAGCGUGGGCUGGAGUUGCGAGGCACCUCGGACAACGUCGGCUUUUACACUGGGCUGCUGA